AGUCAAAUUUUAUGAAAAUACAAAUAUUCAAAGCCGCUACUAAGAAGACUUGUUAAACUUUGAAUUCAUUAAAAAAUGGAAGAUGUUUUAGUGCUAAAAGAUCAAAAAACUGUGCAAGAUAUUGUUCAUGAAUAUGGACCUACUUUAAAGUUUGGUCAUACUCCUUUAGUAAUUGACAAUGGUUCAUAUCAAUGUAGGGUAGGUUGGUCAGUACACGACGAGCCCCACUUUAUUUUCAAAAAUUUAAUCGCUAGACCGCGGAAAGAUCGGUGUAAAAAGGACGCAGAGCCUCCUGUCACUCCACCAAUUCAAAUUGGAAAUGAUAUUAUUAACAUAGAAGCUGUAAGGUUCCAACUAAAAACUCAGUUUGACAAGAAUGUUGUUACACAUUUUGAAGUUCAGGAACAAGUGUGUGAUUACAUUUUCUCUCAUUUGGGUAUUGAUUCCGAUGGUUGUGUUCCACAUCCCAUAGUGAUGACUGAGGCAUUUGUCACACCUAAUUACAGUAGGCAAUUGAUGUCAGAGCUCCUCUUCGAAGGUUAUGGAGUUCCAGCUGUGAGUUACGGAGUUGAUUCCUUGUUCAGUCUCUAUAAGAAUGACAUAGGCGAUACCGCACUAAUUGUUAACUGCGGCUACCAUACUAUUCAUAUUAUACCUGUUAUAAAAGGAAAAGUUAUAGAAGAACAUGCCAGAAGAAUCAAUUUGGGUGGCAGUGAAAUAAUUAGCUACAUGCACAAGCUACUACAAUUAAAAUAUCCCGUCCAUGUUAAUGCAAUAACAAUGUCUCGAAUUGAAGAAAUUCUUCACGAGCACAGUUCUAUAGCUCUAGAUUAUCAAGAGGAAAUUAGAAGAUGGGUAAACCCUGAUUAUUAUGAAUCUAAUGUUAUAAGAGUGCAACUGCCAUUUGUACAGUCCACAAGCUCUUCAGGUCUUACAGCCGAACAACAAAAAGAAAGAAAGAAAGAGAUGGCUCGUCGGCUUCUAGAAAUAAAUGCGAGGAAACGAGACGAGAGGCUGGCAGAAGAUGAAGAACAAUUAAAUCAAUUGCUAGCUCUUCAGGAAUUGAUAGAAGAUGGUGACACAGAGGAAUUCAAUGAAGCUAUCAAAGGUUUUGAGAUCAAGAAUUAUGGCGAUCUUCAGAGACAAAUAGCAAACUUAAAUAUGCGAAUAGAGAAAAACAAGCAACGCAUCGCAGCCGCAGCCAACGCGGACGAGCCCGCCGAGCCGCGCCCCACUGGCAGGUUCCAGCCCCCCACCGACCCCGAAGCCUUCCAAAUCUGGCUCGAUGAGACACGCGCUAAGUACCGCGAGGUGGUGGUGCGGCGCGAGGCGCGGCGCGCGCGGCGCGCGGCCAUGGUGAAGCGGCGCACGGCGGCCGCGGCCGAGCGCAUGCGCGCCAUCUCGCGCCUCGCCGCCGCCGGGGACGACUUCGGCUACCGCGACUCCGACUGGGACGUCUACAAGAGCAUCAGUCGCGAGGCGGACUCGGACUCGGAGGCGGACGGCGAGCGCCUUGUGGAGCUGGAGGAGGCGCUGCGCGAGCACGAGCCGCCGCAGCCCUCGCACCACCAGCACCAGCUACACCUCGCCAUCGAGCCCUACAGAGCCCCGGAGCUAAUGUUUCAACCUUCGAUGAUGGGCAAUUUGGAAGCCGGUUUGGCGGAAACUUUGGAAUACGUAUUCAAACACUUCAGUGACGAAGAUCAGUUGUUGCUGGCAAAUAACGUGUUUCUAACCGGAGGAUGUUCUCAAUUUCCAGGUCUGAAAGAGCGAUUAGAAAGAGAACUCCUCGAAAUGCGACCGUUUCAGUCAACUCAUAAAGUUGUAAUGGCAAAAAAUCCUUGUCUCGAUGCAUGGUAUGGUGCCAGAGAUUUUGCUGGUAGCAGUGACUUUGAAAAAUGGUGUAUAUCUAAAGAAGAGUACUAUGAAAUGGGCGGAGAAUAUUUAAAAGAGCACCACGCAAGUAACAAGUACUAUAAAAGCCCAGCGCCUAUUGUGGAUAACUCUAUGGCCCCAGCUGGCGACGCUAAUGUAGUCAAGGAGGAAAUUGUUGUAGACUGUUGAUGGUCCCAAUUUGACAUUUCAUCAUUUUCUACUUAAAGUACACAAUAAAGA